UGAACUCCUAAAGACAUGAACUGUAAUUUUGCAAUAUGUGUAUAAAAUCAUGAGCACUCACAUUAAAAUGAAGACUCCAGUCAUAUCAGUAACCUUAUAAAAGCUGUUUUAUUCUACAUGGAGAGGGUCCACACAUGGGGGCGGCCAUGUUGAAAUCACAUGACCAGCUGAAUACUACUCACUUAAUCUCAGUAACCGUCCUGUUAUUGGACACUUUCACUCAUUGAUUAAAGUAAUCAUGACUGACUGUGAAUACUACAUUUCUACAAUGUCAUCUGAAACAGAAAACUAGUGAUUUUAAAUGAUGCUGCAUCCACACCGCUAGGUGUCAGUGUAAGUCCAAGAUGACACAAAGACUAAAGAUACUGAGUGCACCUUGAAGAAAACUGCCUAUUAUAACAUGUCAUUCACUGUUAAAUUCAUUGUUUACACGUACACUAUGUUAAUGAGGGACACAAAAGGCAUCAAUUGCACGGAAUUACCUAUGCUAAUAUUGUUAUCCUGAAAGGCAACAGUCAUUUAGCAGAUGCUACCACCAGUAUUACAGUGUAAAGCAACAGAUUUUAAAUUCUUUAAUAACAGAAUGCAUUUGCACUAACACCUUUUAUAAACUAGCUGACGUACCGUACGUUUUUUGUACAUGAUGUUUUGUCAGAACUGCGCAUGUCUACGCCCAACCAGUAGGCGGGGCUAAAGGUGUCUUAGAAUCCGCUAUAAUAAACACGUUUCCGAAGGUCUCCAAUAUAUUCAAGGACGUUUGGGUUAAAAAAUACUCAGGAACAAAUUUGAGACUCUAGUAUAAAAAUAAAAAUAAAAAGGCAGAGGUCACAUGCACACUCUUCAACUUGAGAGAUGAUGCUCAGAACGCAGGUUUCACCAUCAAUAGACUGAAACCACACCUACAAGCACAGCAUAUCCCUAGUUUAUCGUCUCGAGAAUAUCUCAGAUAUGAAAUCUCAAUGUUUUGGCACCGGCAAAUAAAGCCUCUGUUGUUCAUGCAUGACGCAGCAGGCUCUCCACAGCACUGAUUGCACGUUAAAUCCUGCCGCCCUCCACCCAAACCCAUCAAUUUGCUGUGGAGAUCGAAAAUAGGAGGGCUUACAUGACUCCAGACUGAAGGCGAAGGGAAGUGUGGAUCCUCUAUCAUCAGUACUGCCACAGCGCAGUGUGCCCGAUCACAGCGGACAAUAAGCAGCACACAUUCACGCUUUUUCCCGGAUUUCUUGCCUGUCUGCGGAUGAACAGCCAUGGGGGAAUGGACCAUAUUAGAGAGGCUCCUGGAGGCUGCUGUCCAGCAGCACUCCACUAUGAUAGGAAGGAUCCUACUAACUGUGGUGGUGAUCUUCCGGAUAUUAAUCGUAGCUAUAGUUGGAGAGACAGUGUAUGAUGAUGAACAGACCAUGUUUGUCUGUAACGCCUUACAGCCGGGCUGUAUACAGGCGUGUUACGACAAGGCUUUCCCCAUAUCUCACAUCCGAUAUUGGGUCUUUCAGAUCAUCAUGGUGUGCACGCCGAGUCUUUGCUUCAUCACUUACUCGGUCCAUCAGGGAGCAAAGCACAAGGAGAGGCGAUAUUCCACUGCCACCGUCUUCCUCGCGCUGGACAACAAGGAGCAGGAUUCGUUGAAACGAGAGGAGAGCAAGAAUCAAAAGAUCAAGAACACCAUCUUGAAUGGAGUACUUCAAAACACAGAAAACUCCACCAAAGAGGCCGAGCCCGACUGCUUGGAGGACAAAGAGAUGACCAAUUCGAAAACUAAGCCCGUCAAGUCCAAAAUGAGGCGCCAGGAAGGCAUUUCCCGGUUCUAUAUCAUUCAGGUAGUGUUCAGAAACGUUCUGGAAAUCGGCUUUCUGGUGGGCCAGUAUUUCUUGUAUGGAUUCAACGUGCCCGCCGUGUAUGAGUGCGAUCGCUACCCGUGCAUCAAAGAGGUGGAGUGCUACGUGUCCAGACCCACGGAGAAAACAGUGUUCCUCGUCUUCAUGUUCGCGGUCAGCGGCUUUUGUGUGGCUCUCAAUCUGGCCGAGCUCAAUCAUUUGGGCUGGAGGAAGAUCAAAACAGCUGUGAGGGGCGUGCAGGCCCGGAGGAAGUCCAUCUAUGAGAUCAGGAACAAGGAUUUGCCCCGGAUGAGUAUGCCCAAUUUUGGCCGCACUCAGUCCAGUGACUCUGCCUACGUGUAAUUGCGCGGAAAGAGCAAAUGUCCGCAAAGAGCAAAACUAUGGACGAGUCCCCUUCGCCACUUAAGGGUCAUGAAUUGCGAGAGUGGGGUAGGACUUUUUUUGUUACUGUUUUAAAGACUUCAUUGACAACUGUGGAUGACAAACACGUUUGUAAAGCAGUUCAAACUGUAAAUGCAACUUUUUAGCAACGUUUGUACUCUGAGAUGUACACAAAGAGCAAAUACUGAUAGCUGAAUGCAUAUUCUCCCAAUGUAAGCUGCGGUUACACUUUACGUGACACUGUCCACAAUGCAUGUUAUUACGAUAACUAUAUGUUAUUACAAACAGUUGUGCAAAAUAAGCACUAUUACUCAGUAAUUACUGAUGUAAUUACACUGUAACGUGAACACUGGCAUGUAAAGCGUGACCGAAGCUGCUCUGCUGUACUUGAAGGGAGUAAAUACGUUUUGCACUAAAAAGUUCAAAACGUGAUGCUGACAGUGUUUGACAUCACAUUUAUGUGACACAAUGCACAUGGGGAGAGUCUUAACACAGAUUUAUCAUUAUUAUACUGUAUAUCAAACACUUUUGCUUCAAAUAUGAUUUCUUUCUUUUGGGUUGCCUGUACUGCACCAUUGACCUUAACAUAGACUAUAGACUUAAUUCGACUGUAAAAUUGCUGUUGUGUGUGUGUGAUAGCAGGGGGUGAAUUUUCUGAAAUCCUGUGAUUUCCUUAAUUUCAACACCAAAGCACCCACUGUGUUUAUUUGUGAGGUGUCUUUUCGCUUAAGUGUAAUCAAGUGCCAUACUUGUAUAUAAAUAUAUAUAUGCAUAUAAAUAUAAAAUCUAUUCUGAUGAAUAUAAUCAUAUCCAUGAAAGUAGAUUUAUUGCUUGAAUGAUGCUUAAUGCGUCCAGAUUUGCAUAAAGUGUAUUAGUCGUAAAUGAACUGAAAUGGCAAAAUGCAUUUUUUUAUUUUGAAAACGGCCAGAAAGUAAAUAAAGUGCUGGUCUUUUUCUACACAAAACAACAGCAAUCUAUACAAAUCAAAUGUUUUUUCCUGCUCUGGUGCUGGCUUUUCCACUAAACAAUUCCAGCAAUAUUUGUAACCCAGAUGAGUCAGAAUACAUGAGCUUUGAUUUGAUUCUUUUUGAGAUUUAAAAUUCUGCCAUAUCUCCUCCACUCUCUAUGACGAUGCAAGUGUGUAUGAUCAGCCGUAUGCUUUCUGCCAUUAGGCCUUGUUCGAAAUCUGAUCAUGAUCAUUCAGAUGUGGUUUUGCUUUUCACAUUUCAAUGUUUAUUAUUUUUCAUUAUUAUGAUGCCACCAUAGAUUUAUGACAAACAAAUUUGUGCCCAGAGAGGAGACUUUUCUUGAGUUCUCUGCAUUUCUAAGCUUGAAAGGAAAGUAUUGCAUGUUUAUGAACCUAUAUUUAAGAAAUCUGGACAAUUUCAAGGCUUAAAAUCUAUUCGGCAUUGCUCGGGUAUUGAUAUAUCACCCCCUCCCCCACAUGGAUUCCCCCCGAUGUUUGAGGAAAAAAAUAAAAAACACACAAGGGACGUUACCGGAGGUUGUGGACACAUCCUGAAGGUCACUGAUGAUAAAGCGAAAGAUUGGAACGGACUGUCCAGGAUCAUCCGGGGGCUAGCAGACCACUGAACACCUGACGGGAUGACUUGGCAAAGCUGGGAUUAAAAUGAAAGCUCUGGAAUCUCGGACCCUUAAGAGAGCGGCAUUUUCUCCUAAUGAAAGAAGGGAUGGGGGAAAUAGGAACAUAACGACAAGAAAUGCAAAUUGCUUGGCUGUAUGGUGCAAUAUUCUCUUUUUCUCUCAGUUCUUCCUCUAUUCUUGGAUAAGCAUUCCAGGACUGCACAGAUACCUUUUACAACUUUGCGGUUCUUACUGAGAAACUGUAAAGACCACAGAAAUCCAAACGAGAGGUUUAAUUGCAAACUGAGCUGAAGGACUGUACUGGAUCUUAAAGAGCAAAGCUUUAAUAAAACAUGAAGACUCGUAUAUUCCUUGCCUUAUAUCUACUGCAGUCUCCCUGCCCCGACCCCUCCCCUUUCUGUCUGAUUUUUCUCAUUCUCUCCCGUGCAUUUUCUGCAAUAGCAGAUGUGGUAUUUUUACAGCUCCUUCUAAAUGACAAAAGUAUUGGGUUUGUCUGAAUGUAAUUCUGCAUGCUGUGUCGAAAGGCUUGGUGAAAUGAUACCUGUGCUGCAUUGAAGGUUGCGGCUGCGUUCAUGUGAGAUGCACCGAUGCAAAGUGGUUUGAUCUGUUAGGGACACUUGAGAUGCAUUCUGCACGCUGAGAUGUCUCCAAUGUAACUAAUGCUGAUUUACAAAAGGAAAAAAAAUGUCUUGUUAAUUCGCCAGUCUUGAAAUGACGUAACAAGUUAGCAUGGAAUGCCAUUGUUUUAAAGCAGAAUGUUCUUUUGGGUAUAUUUUGGGCCUUUGUUUAUUAGAUUUUCCCUGGAGCUUCAUCUCAAACCACAACAAAAAGAGAGAUACCGACAGUUUGAUGCAGAACUUCAUAUGCAGUCUCCUUGAAAAUGCAUCGCAAUUUUAUCCUUAUCAAUUUGCAUAUUGAUAAAGAGGGUCUUGCAUGAGGUGAACGCCAAAAAACACUGGACUGUUCCCUUUUCGAAACCAUCAAGCCUCCAGUCCUUGUGUUUUGUGUAAACUGAAUGAAACGAGGAUGGAUGAUAUACUGUGAAUUAAAUCCAAUUCUUUACAAAGGUGGUGAUGGAAGUGAUGGGCCUGAUCUUUUGUGUACUUGCCGCAUACACACGCACAUCCCCUCCAAGAUUUCAUUUAACUGCAGUGUCCUGGAAGGGCUGCGCAGAAACUCUGCAAUGCACAACUGCUCUCACCUGCACAGCACUGAACAUGGGCAUUUGGAAUCUCUAUAAAUGUAUACAUUUUGUAUAUAUAUAUAUAUAUAUAUAUCUUUUUAUUUUGGUUUAUCCAGACAAUAAUUUGGAUAUAGCAGAAACUGCACAAAUGUGAAAAAUAUUCUAUUUAAUGACUGUUAAAUUGGGUAAUGAGGUGUUGGUCAAACAAGUAUAUAUACAUAUAUAUGUUAGUGUUUGUCAAAGUAUUGUGUAAUUCAACUGAUGUUCAAAGAGUUUGAGAGUAAACAACAAGAGCUAUUAAUAAAGUUCAAAUUUUAAGAACAUGCACAUUAAAAAUUAUCUUUAAUUUGUUAAUGGAAAAAAAAUGUGAAUGUAUUUUUGGUCAUGACAGCAUUCUGUCUGGGUCUCGACGGUAUGGCUCAUGCUGUUUGAUUUCAUUUCCCAGUAAAUCAGCACAAGAAAUUUCGCAGUCAUAUUUGUUUGUAUUUAUCUUUUGAUUUGAAAGAGUGUGUUGCAUUGCACAUUUAUUUUGCUUGUAUAAAAACAGACUUUAUGAAUUAAACUGCAAGUAUUAACAUUGA